CCUUGUGUCACACAGACUGGUGGAUUGGGAAUAAGAGGAAAGACUGGAGGAGAGCAGCAGCAGCAGCAGCAGCAGGAGGAAGCUGAGGGGAGAAGAGAGGCUCCACCUCCCUCCUGCAUUCCCAGCAACACCCACAGCCCUACAGCGGCCAAGAUGACGGAUAAUAUACCCUUGCAACCUGUCAGGCAGAAGAAGAGAAUGGACGGGAAACACAAGAGAGGGUGCUGUGCGUGUCUGGGGUGUUGUGGCCACAGGGAGCUAAGACCACGAACAGUAUGGCUCGGACACCCUGAGAAAAGAGAACAGAGGUAUCCACGAAAUGUUAUCAACAAUCAAAAAUACAACUUCUUCACAUUCCUGCCAGGGAUACUUUUUAAUCAGUUCAAAUACUUCUUCAACCUGUAUUUCUUGUUGCUGGCCUGUUCUCAGUUCGUGCCUGAAAUGCGGCUGGGGCCACUCUACACAUUUUGGGUUCCUUUGGGAUUCGUUCUGACUGUCACCAUCAUCCGUGAAGCUGUGGAGGAGAUUAGAUGUUUCAUACGUGAUAAAGAAGUCAACUCUCAGAUCUACAGCAAGCUCACGACGAGAGGCACCGUGAAGGUCCGCAGCUCUAGCAUACAAGUAGGAGACCUCAUUAUUGUAGAAAAGAAUCAGAGGAUACCAGCUGAUAUGAUAUUUCUAAGGACAUCAGAAAAAAAUGGCUCUUGCUUUCUGCGCACUGAUCAGCUGGAUGGAGAGACAGACUGGAAGCUGCGAUUGCCUGUGUCCUGCACACAGAGACUUCCCACAGCCGCUGACUUGCUCCAGAUCCGAUCUUAUGUGUAUGCAGAAGAACCCAAUAUUGACAUCCAUAAUUUUGCUGGAACAUUCACAAGGGAGGACAGUGAUCCCCCAAUAAAUGAAAGCUUAAGCAUCGAGAACACUUUAUGGGCUAGCACGGUAAUCGCUUCAGGCACGGUGGUUGGGGUGGUUCUGUAUACUGGCCGAGAGCAGCGCAGCGUGAUGAACACCUCAAAUCCUCGCAGCAAGAUAGGGCUCUUUGACCUGGAAGUGAACUGUCUGACCAAAAUAUUAUUCACUGCUUUGCUGGUCGUAUCCCUAGUUAUGGUGGCUCUUCAGCAUUUUGCUGGUCGCUGGUAUCUGCAGAUCAUCCGUUUCCUACUCCUCUUCUCCAAUAUUAUUCCUAUAAGCUUGCGGGUGAAUCUGGACAUGGGGAAAAUUGUUUACAGUUGGAUGAUCCGUAGGGACCCCAAGAUCCCCGGAACAGUGGUCCGAUCCAGUACAAUCCCAGAGCAGUUGGGACGAAUCUCCUACUUAUUGACAGACAAAACUGGGACCCUGACACAGAAUGAAAUGGUUUUUAAACGUCUUCAUCUGGGGACGGUGGCCUAUGGGAUGGACUCAAUGGAUGAAGUGCAGAGCCACAUAUUCAGUAUAUACACACAGCCGGCACAGGACCCUCCAACACAGAAAGGUGCCACCACCAAAGUGAGGAAGACCAUGAGCAGUCGUGUUUAUGAAGCUGUUAAAGGUAUCGCCCUCUGCCACAACGUCACGCCAUCUUACGAGUCUAACGGUGUCACCGACCAGGCUGAGGCUGAGCGCCAGUUUGAGGAUUCCUGCCGGGCCUAUCAGGCAUCCAGCCCUGACGAGGUGGCACUGGUACAAUGGACUGAGAGUGUAGGACUAACCCUCGUCGGAAGAGAUCAAUCCUCAAUGCAGCUGAGGACACCUGGUGGUCAAAUUAUGAAUUUUACCAUUCUGCAAAUUUUCCCAUUUACCUAUGAAAGCAAGCGGAUGGGGAUCAUUGUUCGAGAAGAGACCACAGGAGAAAUAUCAUUUUACAUGAAGGGGGCUGAUGUCGUAAUGGCAGGGAUUGUGCAGUAUAACGACUGGUUGGAGGAAGAGUGUGGCAAUAUGGCCAGAGAGGGCUUGAGGGUCUUGGUAGUAGCCAAGAAGUCUCUGACCGAAGAACAGUAUCAGGAUUUUGAGGCACGUUAUGUACAGGCAAAACUGAGCGUACAUGACCGGUCAUUGAAGGUGGCCACUGUAAUUGAGAGCCUGGAAAUGGAGAUGGAAUUGCUCUGUCUGACCGGAGUUGAAGACCAACUGCAGGCUGAUGUCCGACCUACCUUGGAGACAUUACGAAAUGCUGGCAUGAAGGUCUGGAUGCUAACUGGAGAUAAGCUGGAGACUGCAACCUGUACAGCCAAGAAUGCUCAUUUAGUGACCAGAAACCAAGACAUCCACAUCUUCCGGCCUGUCACUAACAGGGGAGAAGCCCAUUUAGAGUUGAAUGCAUUUAGAAGAAAGCACGACUGUGCCUUGGUUAUAUCAGGAGACUCCUUGGAGGUGUGCCUUAAAUAUUACGAGUACGAGUUUAUGGAACUGGCCUGUCAGUGUCCGGCUGUGGUGUGCUGCCGCUGUGCUCCUACGCAGAAAGCUCAGAUCGUGCGCCUGCUGCAGGGACGGACAGGAAAACUCACCUGCGCUGUAGGUGAUGGAGGUAACGAUGUAAGCAUGAUCCAGGAAGCAGACUGCGGGGUGGGAGUUGAAGGGAAGGAAGGGAAACAAGCAUCGUUGGCUGCAGAUUUCUCAGUCACACAGUUUAAACACCUGGGCCGUCUCCUGAUGGUACACGGACGGAACAGUUACAAGAGAUCGGCUGGCCUGAGCCAGUUUGUUAUUCACCGGAGCCUCUGUAUAAGUACAAUGCAGGCCGUCUUCUCAUCUGUGUUUUACUUCGCCUCUGUUCCCCUGUACCAAGGAUUCCUCAUCAUUGGAUAUUCUACAAUCUACACAAUGUUCCCAGUGUUCUCCCUGGUUCUUGAUAAAGAUGUAAAGUCAGAAGUGGCUAUGUUGUAUCCUGAGCUGUACAAGGACCUUCUUAAGGGACGGCCGCUGUCUUACAAAACAUUCCUUAUUUGGGUGCUGAUUAGUAUUUACCAAGGAAGCAUCAUCAUGUACGGAGCUCUGCUUCUGUUUGAAUCGGAGUUUGUCCACAUCGUGGCUAUUUCCUUCACGUCUCUGAUCCUCACAGAACUGCUAAUGGUGGCACUCACCAUCCAGACUUGGCACUGGCUGAUGAUCGUGGGCGAGCUUCUCAGUCUCUCCUGCUACAUUGCCUCCUUGGUAUUUCUACACGAGUUUAUUGAUGUUUACUUCAUUACCACUCUAUCCUUCUUGUGGAAAGUGACUGUGAUUACACUGGUCAGCUGUCUCCCCCUCUAUGUCCUGAAAUAUCUGAGACGAAAAUUCUCUCCCCCCAACUACUCCAAAUUAACAUCCUAGAAUCCCAUUGUAAGUGUUGUAACCACUUAAUGAACGCUUGAUGCUGCUUUUUUAACAAGUGGAUAAAAAAAAGGAAGUACACUUCGGAACUUUAGCAUUUGGAAGAUGAUCAGUGGUUUAUGGUCAUUCCUCAAAGGGAACAAAUACUAAUGAAUAUAACUGGCUCUUUGCUGUACUGCAAAAAAAAAUAAAGAGCUUGAAGAUCAUCACUUCUGGAUAUACUUGUAUACUUGUGACUGGAAUCUGUAAGUGUAUGUAAACUCAGUUAUAACGCAGCCCCGUGAGAUACAUAAGGGACCAUUGUAUUUGGACUGAGGAAACCGGCACUUGCAAGUACUGUACGCCUGUGACUAUCCGUUAAUCUGUUCUUUGUGAGAAAGAUGAUCAAGUAAUUGCUCUUGUGCCCUUGAAUGUUCAAAAAGUGUGUGUCCGCUCUUACUAAAAACAGUACUGUACUGUAACCUUAUUAGAGAAGCUCAUAACUCGGAGUACCAGAUCCUUCCUCUUUAUCUCGCCAAUAAUGAUCACUAUAUGGCAUGUCCUUGUGCUGGUGCCGCCUCCAGGUCAGUAGUAGUAUAUACAGCUUGUACACUCCCAUUGCACUAUUCUUCACCAUUUACGGUUUACUUUUUGCUUAUACUUCCGGAUUUACACUGAAAACUACAGUAGUUAUUGACCUUUAAGCAAGGAUAUGCCUGAUCUUAAGUUUUUAGACCUCCACAUUCAGCGCUUGGUGUUGAUCGCUGCACUAUUGCUGUGACAUAGAUGCUGGUACAUAUAUGAAUGAUGCAGAGAUAACGAAAAGCUAUAUAUACAGGAGAGAAUGGGCCAACGCUUCAUCCAAUCUAAAUACAAAUGCUGCACGUGAAACAUCCCCCUUCCUCCAAUAAAUAUUAUAUUACAGAGUGCCAAAAUGUAUACUUUGCCAAUAGCUCACAGAGUGUUAAUAAUGUAAUUUUACAAUCAUGUGACUUAAGUCUUUGCAUGUCCUCCAUGUUCUGUUACUGCAUGUGACCAUAUGCUGGAAAUAUCAAGCAAUGCACAGAUUACUCUAGAUUCAGGAAAAGACUAAGAUGCAGAACCCUCGCCCUCAAAAGAUAUUAUGUGGUUAAUAAGUCCCAUGAUGCAAGGACAUCAGUAUGCAGUAACUCGUAGUAAACCAUGUUACUUAUUAAGGCCUGAGUUUAUGUCCCUGCUAUAUAGUGUAAUAGUACCCCAUGCCUUGUGUCCCUCCUAAGGUAAGAAGAGCUACUACUGACCCUUCAAUAAUUACCAUUUUGCUGGGUUAAUAGAAUGGACUACUAUAUUAUUUCUGUUUUUCUUUUACAUUUUGUGCAAUAUCGCUGUGGAGUAAAUUUUAAUUCAGGUGUCCUGGUGUUUGCUACAUACUGUGUUUCUGAUUAUUUUGUAAUGAGAUGUACAUAAUUCUAAUGUAUUUCAUGAACUUCUUUAUUUAUUCUGUGGAGUUAAAUUAUUACACCCACCUCAAAAAUUAAAAGGGAUCCAUAAGGAAAUAAAAUACAUUCUGUAGAAA